AUGGAUGAGGUAAAUGAAGAAACCCUAAGAAUCAGGGAACAGGUUUCAUCCCUUUCUACUCAAUUGAUGGAAAGUGUUGAUAGACAAUCUCAACUGGAGGAUAAAUUAAGACAGGCAAACAAAUUAAUACAAUCCCAAAGUGCAUCUGUAGCAACUCUCGAAUCAAUACAAAUAGAACAUGAUUCUUUGAAACAAAAAGUUAUCGAAAAGGAUGCAACGAUCAAGGGUUUACAAGGUGACUUGAAGUCAGAAAAUGACUUACGUACCCAAGCAGAAACAGAAGUAGAUAAAUUGAGCCAGGAGGUGGAAGAUCUGACAGCAUCUUUAUUUGCUGAAGCGAACAACAUGGUAGCCGAUGCCAGGAAAGAGAAACACACAACUGAGAUACUUAAUACUAAAUUAGUAGAACAGCUAAGGGAUAAAGAUAAUAUGCUAGAGACAUUGAAUUUACAAUUAAAGAAUCUAAAAAUUGUUCUUCAAAAUGUCGAAAAGGAAACUGUCUCAAAUCAAUCCAGUAGGUAUUCCACUGUCUUAAACGACUCAGAUACAAUUUCUGGUAGGUCUUUAAACAAGGUUACGACUUCAAGCUCCUCGAUUACCAAGGAUGCUGACAAUGUAGUGCUUUACUCUCCCUAUGUAACAACUAUUCGUUAUGAUUUAACACUAUUCAACGAAUUUUUGAAAUUUAUUGCUGUUCUACCAUAUUGUAAAACUAUACGAGAAACUGCUUCUGAAUCAAAACUUUUGAGAAGAUUAAUCAAUGAUGAAGUGCAACCGGUACUUAGAAUUGAUAAUGCACCAGGCGUAGGAUGGCUAGCUAAAAAAUCCCUAAUGCAAAAAAUGAUAGAUGGUUUAGUUAUCUUAGAACCAUUAAGUGGGGUUAAUGAAACAUAUCAGAUUGGAUAUCGUAACGCUGAUGGGAACACCUCCAAACCCUUGAAACAAGAUGCAAACUCAAAAGAAUCACAUAUGUUUAAUUAUCCUGCUAAUUCACCCCCAGUAGCAGUUCAUGGCCCUUGUGCUUUUUGUGGAGAGAGUAGGGAUGAUAUUAUUGAACAUGCAAGAAUGCACGUCCUAAAAGUUCAAAGUAAAGCUGACGAUGGUACUCUAACAGUUACUAGUACAUACUCUUUAUGUUAUAGUUGUGUUAACAAAGUUAGACAAACGGGACAAAUAUUUGCGUUUUUAAGAUCACUUAAAUUGGGGACCUGGCAUUUGGAAAGGGUUACAUUAAAAACAAUCGAAAAGGGGGACUGGAACAAAAUGGGCAAUGUCCAGAAAGUAGGGAAACCUGUUGUACCUCUAGAUAAAAAGUCUAAAAGAAUGAGCUUCAUGGAAGGUUUAGGAAUUUCUCAGAGUAAAAUGGCUGCUCAGGUAGAAACUGCAAAUGCAGUGGUUGAACGUGCUGGUUUUCCAACUACUAACAUACAAAGAGCUUGGUUACACUUAUGCCAAUUGCGUUCGAUGCUUUUCUGGACGCAUAUUGGUAUUUGGUCAGUCGAUGACUCUAUUACAAGCAAAAUUGGACCAAUAAUAAAAUCUAAAGAGGAAACUGUAGAAACACAACUCCCAAGUGCUAUAGAAAGUUGGAAACUUUCACAAAGUCAGGAAUCUCUAACAUCUCAUAAAGAUCCAAUGCAAGAAAAGGAUGAUAUGUUUGAUUUUGAAAGUAAAAGUGAUUUAGAUCAGGAUAUCAAAUCCGAGACCUUGGAUAAUAAAACAGCGGAACAAACAGAAAUGAAUAAAGAAAAAACCUACACAGAACAAGAACAAGAACAAGCACAGGAACAAGAUGAGACGUUUACUAAAGAAGAACAAAAACCGUCUAUUGUCCAAGAAACGACGGAUGUUAUAGAAGCUGCUGCAACAUUAGAGUUGAAGGACAACAAUGAGGCAAAAGGAAAUAUUGAUGACAAUGGUGCCCAAGAUUUGAAUGCAGACAGUAUACAGGACCUCACAACGGACCAAACGGUUUCUAUACCCGAGGAGAAUGACGUGAAUGAAAAUUCUCCUGAGGGAGGUGAUGAGAACAAUUAUACUCCCGAUCUCAAUAGUGAGGAUGAUCAUAGCAUUGAUAUUCUGAAUGAUUACACAGAAAAUGCACAGAGUAAAGAAGGUACCUCAUCACUUUCAAAUGAAGAAGAAUUCGAUGAUGCACAGGAACAUGUGUAA